GCGCACGCAGCCUUCCCGGAGCCGGUGCCGGCUGCUAGUCCCGGCGUCUCCGCAGACGCGUCCCCGCCCGGCUCCGGCGGGCCGGCCGUGGGAGGAGUCGGGUGCUGGCCCGCGACUAACCGGGGUCGGGACGCCGGCUAGGGAGUCGGACCCGGGGACAGAACCCCGGCGUCGCCGCCGCCGAGCACCUCUCCCGGAUCGAUCGGGCACCCACUACUCCCAGGCACAGCCCCGGGGCGCACCGAGCCCGCGCGCCGAGCCCCGGGGGAGCCCGCCCCCGCCCCGCGGCCCGCCCAGGCCAUGCUCCCCCGGGGCAGCGGCUGAGCCCGACCCGGGACCGCGACCCGAGCGGCGCGGAGCAUGGAGCCGGACGUGGGCUGGGCGGCCCUACUCGUCCUCUUCGCCGCCUCGCUGCUCACGGUGCUCGGCUGGCUGCUGCAGUACGCCCGGGGUUUGUGGCUGGCGCGGGCCCGCGGGGGUCGGAGCCCGAGACCCGCUUCAGCGGCGGAGCCUGGGGGUUCCCUGCGGGAGCUGGGCGUGUGGCGCUCGCUGCUGCGGCUGCGGGCGACUCGGACCGGUGCCCCUGAGGAACCCGGCGUCCGGGGCCUCCUGGCGUCGCUCUUUGCUUUCAAAUCUUUUCGCGAGAACUGGCAGCGAGCUUGGGUGCGAGCCCUGAACGAGCAGGCCUGCCGGGACGGGAGCUCCAUCCAAAUUGCCUUUGAAGAAGUGACCCAACUCCCACCCAGAGCCAGCAUUAGCCAUGUGACCUGUGUUGACCAAUCAGAGCGCACUAUGGUGUUGCACUGCCAGCUCUCUGCCGAGGAGGUGCGGUUUCCAGUCUCUGUGACCCAGCAGUCCCCCGCUGCCGUCUCCAUGGAGACCUACCACGUCACUCUGACACUGCCACCAACACAGCUGGAAGUCAGCCUAGAGGAAAUUCCUGGUGAGGGGCUACUGGUGUCCUGGGCCUUCACUGACCGCCCAGAUCUCAGCCUGACGGUGCUUCCCAAGCUGCAGGCCAGGGAGAAAGGUGAGGAACAAGGAGCGCUCUCAACAAUUGAGGAACUGAUUAAGGAUGCUAUAGUCAGCACCCAGCCUGCCAUGAUGGUCAACCUCAGAGCUUACUCUGCCCCAGGAGGCCUGGUACCCAGUGAGAAGCCACCCUUGAUGCCCCAGGCCCAGCCGGCCUGCCCUAGACCUGCUCGGUUAUUCUUACGUCAGCUUCGAGCAUCUCAUCUGGGAAGUGAGCUAGGAGACACAGAAGAACUAUGCUGUGUAGCUGAGCUCGACAACCCCAUGCAACAGAAGUGGACCAAGCCCGUAAGGGCUGGUCCUGAGGUGGAAUGGAUAGAGGACUUGGCACUGGACCUGAGUCCCCAGAGUCGGGAGCUGAUUCUCAAAGUGCUAAGGAGCAGCAGCUGUGGAGACACUGAGCUCCUGGGCCAGGCCACACUGCCAGUGGGCUCCCCCUCCAGGCCACUGUCUCGAAGACAGGUGUGCCCACUUACCCCAGGGCCAGGGAAAGCCCUGGGCCCAGCAGCCACCAUGGCAGCAGAGCUGCACUAUGAGGAGGGCUCCCCCCGAAACCUGGCCACAUCUACUCCCUCCACGCCACGCCCCAGCAUCACACCUACCAAGAAGAUUGAGCUGGACCGAACCAUCAUGCCUGAUGGCACCAUUGUCACCACUGUCACCACCGUCCAGUCCCGGCCCCGUGUAGAUGGCAAAUUAGCAGACUCCCCCUCCCGCUCCCCGUCCAAGGUGGAGGUGACUGAGAAGACAACAACUGUGCUGAGUGAGAGCAGCGGGCCCAGCAAUGCCUCGCACAGUAGCAGCCCAGGGGAGAGCCACCUUUCCAAUGGCCUGGACCCAGUAGCAGAGACAGCAAUUCGCCAGCUGACUGAGCCCAGUGGGCGGGCAGCCAAGAAGACACCCACCAAGCGCAGCACUCUCAUCAUCUCUGGUGUUUCCAAGGUGCCCAUUGCUCAGGACGAGUUGGCACUAUCCCUGGGCUAUGCGGCAUCCCUGGAAGCCUCAGUGCAGGAUGACGCAGGGACCAGCGGAGGCCCCUCUUCACCUCCCUCAGACCCACCAGCCAUGUCCCCAGGACCCAUAGAUGCCCUCUCCAGUCCCACAAGUGUCCAGGAAGCAGAUGAAACCACACGUUCGGACAUCUCUGAGAGGCCAUCUGUGGAUGAUGUUGAGUCAGAAACGGGGUCUACUGGUGCCCUGGAGACCCGCAGCCUCAAGGAUCACAAAGUGAGUUUCCUGCGCAGUGGCACCAAGCUUAUCUUCCGCCGGAGACCUCGACAGAAGGAAGCUGGCCUGAGCCAAUCACAUGAUGACCUCUCCAACACAACGGCCACACCCAGUGUCCGCAAGAAGGCUGGCAGUUUUUCCCGCCGCCUGAUCAAGCGUUUUUCCUUCAAAUCCAAACCCAAGGCCAACGGCAACCCCAGCCCCCAGCUCUGAGGGGUUUCCUCAGCUCUUGAGCUAGGAGAGGGCAAGUUCUCUCAGCUCGCUCCCCACAUCCCCUUCCUUACCCUUUCCUGGAUUCAUUGGGGUCAGGAAAACCCUUGGGUUCCAGGGAGCCCCGUCCACCCUGGGCUGUGGGGCUGGUUGGAAGGGAACUUGCAGUGGGAAACAUUUGAAAGGUGGUACCCAUUGCGGCGGGCACGGAAAAGAGAGCUGGUAGCUAGGAGUAAGAGGCGGGCUCUGUCCUGGCGCGUGUGGACAUUGCUCAGGAGCGUUUGCCCCUGCUGACGCUGGCCCCCCUGAAGAGGAGUUCCAGGGUGCUCAGCUCCUCAGUGGAUCCUUUUUCCCUUAUUUAUUCUCUUUUCUAUUUAUAUGUGUGAUCUAGGACCCUCAGUGAGCAGAUGAGAGAGGGCAUCUCUCCCAGGUGACCCUUCUUUUCUGUCCCAGAAGAGUAGGCAGUUCCCAGGAGGGGUUCCCACAUCUUCAGGUCCCCACUCAGAGCAGCACCAGUGUCUGCCUCUGAGGACACUGGCAGCUCACAGGAAGUCGGCCGGUGCCCAGGACGGGGUGGGGCAGGUACUCCCCACCUCCUGCCUCCCCUGCGCUCCUCAUCCCUCCCUCCCCCUUUCUUACCGGUUUUUGUACUUGAGGCCUUCUCCGUGAGCAGUGGCUCAGAUGGAAGGAGGGAGCCAGGAGCCUGGUAGGAAGCCUUGUCCAGGCACACGGCUUUCGGGGCUUUAAAGACUGUGAUGAUGAGCAAGGCUGCACCUUCUAUGUUGGGGGGAUGAUGAUGUCCAUUGCUGUGUGAUGGCUUGGAAUUUAAUUUAUUAAAUUAAAGUCAAAUCGGA